CGAGUACAUGGUUGUGGCGGAGGGAUGCUUGGCUAUAACAAAUUGAUCACAGCCUACAGGUAUAACUUGGGCAUCCUCGAGGGUGAGAGUGGCUUACCUCGGCGCAAAAAUGCCCUAGACGCGUCCUUGAACGUAGCAUGGGCUGACACCGAUACAAAGAUUCGGAUUCGGAGCCCUGAGCAGAACUCGGGUCAGAAUUCGACGGACGGGCAGAGCGUGGCAGAUGGGGUGAGCGGGCGUUAUGGCAAAUUGCUGAAGUGCCUUGUGCCAGACACUUUGAGGACGGCCGAAGCACUGGUGAGCGAGCUGGAGUUGAUGCUUCGUGUGUUCAUUGACUCCGACAAUCCAGAGGCCGAACCGGAAGCUGAUUGCGCUGUGAGGCAAUCCAUUCCAUUUAACGGCAGCUUUCAGAGCUCGAUCGUCGCUCGCUCGAUCCAGGAGGUACCAGAAGAACAUGCGAGACCUUGUUUUUCAUCUUUA